AUGUCAAGCAACGAACAGUUAUUGGAGAUGUUGAGAGCCAACACUCUCAAAGCAAGAACACUGUCGUACAGUCCGUAUUCGCAGUUCAAAGUAGGCUGUUGCCUCCUAGUCCGGGAUCCGAAUGGCGGCGGUGUCUCUGGCCACCACGACACCGUCAUAAAAGUCCUUGGAGCUAAUGUUGAAAAUGCAAGCUAUGGCAAUACAAUCUGUGCUGAACGAACGGCGAUGUUGAAGGCAAUGACCUCAGAAGAACACGCUGCCGCCGCGCGAGAUCCGAAAAACUGGCUAGCCAUUGGCAUCAUCGGAGAUAAUCCCGAAGGAUUUAUCAGCCCCUGCGGCAUCUGCCGCCAGUUCAUAAGAGAGUUUCUCACUCCAGACACCGAAAACGAUGUGCCCAUAUAUUUGUUUAGCCACACCGCGGAUAAUUACAAAACCACCAAUAUCAGCGAACUGUUGCCUAUGAGUUUUGGGCCAGACAGUUUGUAA